UGUCAAUGUUAUUAUAACCUAUCAGUGUUAAUGCCAGCGGUGCAAAAAAUAAACAGUACAAUGAUAAAAGGCUGAAUUUUUAAAUAUACAAUAUGGACUUAAAAUAUAUUUUAUUUUUGAGCUCAGCAUUUGCGUUUUCUCUAUUGCUAACAUUUUGCAUUUUUCUGAUAGCCACAAGUAAAACAUUCCCUGUCAUAUACAGAAGCAAAAAAGAAAAGCAUUUUAAAGAUCCAAAGAGUGGAAAAUUGCACGAAUUCCCGAAUAUCAACGAGAAGGGCACAGUACAUUUAAGUGUAAUUGUUCCAGCCUAUAAUGAGGAAGUCAGAUUACCCCCAAUGUUAGAUGAAUGUAUAUCAUUCCUUGAGGAAAGAAGUGAACAUUCAAAUUUUAAAUAUGAAAUUAUUCUUGUCAGUGAUGGAAGCAAAGAUUCUACAGUUAAUGUUGCUGAUAAAUAUUGUGAAAAAUUAAGCACAGAUAAAUUUCGAGUUUUGGAUUUGGAAACAAAUAGAGGCAAAGGAGGUGCUGUUCGUUUGGGAAUGUUAAGUGCAAGAGGUUCUUUAUUGUUAUUUGCUGAUGCAGAUGGUGCUACUACAUUUGCAGACUUGAAAAAGCUAGAAGAUAGCUUAAAAUGCUUAUUACAAGAUGAUUAUUUGUUGAAUCCAACAAAUAUUGAAAACAAAUUGGCCAUUUCAAUAGGUUCCCGAGCUCAUUUAGAAGAGCAGUCAGUUGCGUCAAGAAGUUUUUUUAGAACUGUUCUAAUGUAUGGUUUUCAUUUUCUAGUGUGGUUGUUUGCAGUGAGAGGUAUCAAAGACACACAAUGUGGUUUUAAACUUUUAACCAGAGAAGCAGCAAGAAUUUGUUUUGAGAAUAUGCAUGUAGAAAGAUGGGCGUUUGAUGUGGAGCUCUUAUACAUAGCACAAAAACUAAAUAUACCAAUAACUGAAACUGCGGUAAGAUGGACUGAAAUCGAUGGUUCCAAAGUUACUCCUGUAUGGAGUUGGAUUCAAAUGGGCACAGAUCUUGGCCUUAUAUGGUUGAGGUACACAAUAGGUGCUUGGAAGAUCAAGCAAAACACUGAUUAAUUUUUAUAAUAUAUAUGUAAAAUAUAAUAGAAAUUUCUAUUAUUUUGUUUGAUUAUGCUAUAUAAUUAUUCAUUUUAAAAUUACAAAUUGUUUUCAAUAUAAACAUGAAAUUAGAAUUUAUAUAUUAAU